AAUAAAGUUAACUUGUAUGUCCUUAAGAAUUCUGAAUUUAUUUUGGUGUUAUAAUUAGGAAAAUUGAUGCUUUUUGUUUAAAAUUCAAAUUUUUUUAUAAGCCCUCUCUAUAUUCAAAUCCUUACCCUCGUUAAAGGCAAAAGACAAAGUGUUCGGUUCGUCUUAAUCUUGUAUUUUGUGCUUCUUGAUUUACCAUGGAUUCAUAGAUGAUAGAUGGGAGGGGAAAGAAAGAUAACAACUUUCAUGUGUUUAGGAAUAGAACUAUAGAAGAUUUAGGAAUAAUAGAGAGAAUGUAAAGCAGAAUAAAAAGCUGUUAGGGAAAGAAUAAAGAAUACCCACCAACGAAAACUAAAAUAUACAGAAAAACAUACUCUACCAAUCUCCAAAGACUUUAUAUGCCUCGUAAAACCCAAAUUCAAGCGAUGACUUCUUGUUUCCAUUUCCUUUGAAGAUUCUAAAACCUCCAUUUGGAAACAAAAUUUUUGGUCAUUUUCAUUCUUCUUGAAUUAUAAUUGUCUUCCGUCCUGUAUUGGACAAUUCUGUUUAGUCAGCGCCUCUUAAUUGAUCAUCAUCUAGACGUCCACAUCACAAAUCACUAUUCUUCUUCUUAUUAAUCACCACUUAUGCAUUCCAGCAAUUAAACUCCGAACUGGUUUGUCGCACGAUGAUAUUGUUGACGAAGUCCCCUCUCGCUGGGGAUCUUUGCGCCUUAACUUUCUCCAUUUGUGUCGCACUCUCUUUGCUUCGAUGUUUUGAAGAAACUGCAAGAAGAGGAGUUUUCGACCAGAAACUAAACAGGAAGCUCGUGCAUAUAACGUUUGGACUACAGUUCAUGUUAUGCUGGCCGCUCUUCAGUUCAGGAAGUCAAGGAGCAUUCAUGGCAGCUGUGGUGCCAGGUGUCAACAUAGUGAAAGUGCUGCUCAUUGGAUAUGGGAUAGUGAAAGACGAGGCCACUGUCAAAUCUAUGAGCAGAUUUGGAGACCACAGGGAACUUAUAAGGGGUCCUUUGUACUAUGUUUGUACAAUCACAUUGUGUUGUACAGUCUACUGGAGAACAUCACCUAUUGCCAUUGCUGCAAUGUGUAAUCUUUGUGCUGGAGAUGGCAUUGCUGACAUUAUUGGAAGGAGAUUCGGAAAGAAGAAAAUUCCUUAUAAUACUGAUAAAUCUUUUGCAGGUUCCAUUGCCAUGGCAGUUGCUGGUUUCAUUGCUUCUGUUGGGUACAUGUACUAUUUCUCAAUGUUUGGCUUUGUUGAGAAAAAAUCUAAAAUGGUGGUGGGCUUCUUCGUGGUGUCUCUUAUGAGUGCGUUCGUUGAGUCUCUCCCAAUAAGCACUAAAUUAGACGACAAUCUGACUGUGCCUCUUGCCAAUGUGUUGCUAGGAACUUUGGUAUUCUUGUAAAUGUAUUGAGCUGAAAUAUGUGAUUAUUUGUUGUAAAAUGUUAGUCAAAUCGAUUAUAGUCAUGUACGUGUUAUGUUGAUUAGAACUUGCACCAAUUUAUGUACACAAAUGUUGGUUUUAAUUGCAGAAUUGUUCUUGUCUAAUUGUAG